AUGAAGCCUGGCGAAUAUCCGGCCCAGUUUAACAGCGCCUGGGCCUAUGAGACGCUAGUGACAGAUCCAACCAUCCAUAUGCCAUACCUAGGGAAAGAAAUCAGAUCACUCGGAGGGCGCUUCGUUCGACAGCGCAUCGGCUCUCUACAAGAGUUGUAUAACAUGUUCCCCGAGUCGCGAGUCUUCAUCAACGCCAGCGGCUGGGGGAGCAAAAACCUAGCAGACGUAAAGGACGAGAAUUGUUUCCCAGAGCGCGGGCAGAAUGUCUUGCUGGCCACCGACAACUGCAACACCAUGCACUUCCGGAAUGGCCAGGAAUAUACCUAUGUGAUUCCUCGCCCGAUGUCCAAGGCCGUUGUCUUGGGCGGAGUCAAGCAGCAGGGCAAUGUGUCACCCGAGAUCGAUCUGAGUAUUGCGCAGGAUGAGAUUGCCCGCGCGCAUCGGUUGGCUCCCGACAUUGUCCCCGAGCAUCCGGCGGCACAUACGAUCAGUCAUAUUGUCGGGAUCCGACCUUCUCGUAAAGGAGGGUUCCGUCUCGACUCGGAGCGCAUGGGGGAUCGUAUCGUGGUGUCUGCCUAUGGAUUUGGUGGUGGUGGAUAUGCCUUCUCCUAUGGGAUUGCCGAUGCAGUGGUCAAGAUGGUUGAAACGGCCGAGCGUGACCAUGUCAUUUGCUAG